AUGAAACCUAGAAAUUCACAGAGAUCGAAAUCUGUACGACCUUCAAAAAAAUACUCUCAAUCUCGAUUACAAUUGGGAGGUCUCAAUGGAAAUAAAUUGAUUAAAUGUGCCAAAUGUGAGAUGGCCUACUCCCCUACCAAUAUUGAAGAUACGACGGCUCAUCGAGCAUUUCAUGACACGUAUUUGAAAGGUAGAAAAUGGUCCCAGAAUUGGGGUUCUGUAGUCUCUAUACCGACAAAUUCAAUGACACCGCCACCUUCACAGCACUCAUCCAAUGAACGAAUAGUAAUGAUUAGACCCGAUCAUCCAAAGGAAGUUAAUGCAACGUUAGAUGUGAUGAAUAUAGUAAAUAAUGAAUUGCAUGCACCACACGAUGAAAAUUCAUUCUGGGUAAAUGAGGAUGGUAAAGGUAAAGCGUUUCUAUAUAUCAAGGACGAUAGAGCCGUCAGUGCUAUAACAAUAGAACAACUGGAUGAAGGUAGAGGUAAAUGGAUGUUAUAUGAUUCAAAGAAAUUAGUACCCAACGUGACACCGAAAUUUGAACUUGGGAUAUCAAGGAUAUGGGUUUGCAAAUCACAAAGAGGUAACAAAAUUGCAAUGAAAUUAUUGGAAACUGCAAGAAAUAAUAUGCUACCGGGGAAAUCCUAUCAAAAAUGGACAAUCGCAUGGAGCCAACCUACAAAUGAUGGUGGAAAAUUAGCAUCUAAAUAUAAUGCAGUAACACAUAAAUCUGGGAAACUAUUAAUACCUUGUUACAUAUAG